AUGAUUGCCUUCUUCGCAUUAGCCGUGUUAGUACAAAGUGCAUUCGGAGGAAACCUGGUGGAAGUUUUACAAAACGACGGGGAGACAACUCUCAUCGCUUUAGUGCAACAAGCAGGACUGGCUGAUGCUCUGUUGGGAGGAGAAUUCACCAUUUUUGCUCCAACAAACGCCGCUUUUUCCAAACUUCCCCAGUCCACACUUGAUAGCCUUCAGAAGGAUACGACAGCUUUGGCCAACAUUCUCAAAUACCACGUGGUUAAAGGGUCUAUCCACAAGGCCGAUGCUUCUAACGAGCUUCAGUUGGAGACACUAGCUGGAACCAAGAUUAGAUUCAAUAUAUAUUCUCAUAACAAAGCUGUGACUGUUGAAGGGUCUAGAAUCACUCAGUUUGAUUUGACCGCCUCCAACGGUAUGGUACACGUGAUCGACACCGUGAUGAUGCCUCCACAAGGAAGUAUCGUGGAUCUGGUGGCAGGCAACAGUGACCUCAGCACUCUCCUGUCCAAGGUCCAGUCAGCCGGACUUGCCGGAGCUCUACAAGGUGAUGCGCUGACAGUCUUUGCUCCAACGAAUGCAGCUUUCGCUAGACUUGGAAGUCAUGUUUUGGAUAACCUAAGAAGAAAUCCACAACUUCUCAAAGAAAUUUUGGAAUAUCACGUCGUUCCUCACACUGAAUACUCAGCUGGUCUUUACAACCGCGAAUAUCUCAGAACUCUCGAUACUCAUCAUGACGUCAUUAGACUUAGUGUCAGCAGUGCUGGUGGAGUAACUGUCAAUCGCAAUUCACACGUCACGAAGGCCGAUAUCAGCGCCACUAAUGGGGUGGUGCACAUCAUAGACCACGUUCUAAUUCCUGGCCGUUAUUUAUUUUCCGCUAUUCUUGGUAGAAAGUAAUCAUCUGAACAAAAUCCAUUAUUAUUUGUGACAUUUUAUCAUCUCAUUGUGCAAAUGUAAAUAUGAGUUCUAUUGUACAAAUGUAAAUAUGUGU